AUGACUUCCAAUGGCUCCAAGAGGAGAAAGCUGGCCCACGACUCGUCCGACGACGAGGGCGUGUCGUCGAAACGGGCGCAAAAGGACUUCUUCAAGAAUGCGUCCAGCUGGGACCUCGAGCAAGACUACGAGCUGAAGCGCCGAAAGGCCAAGAAGAGAGUCGGCGACAGCAACAGGCUGCCCCAGAUCAAGACCACGGACGGGCGGGUCGAGCUCCUGCAGAACCUCGAGGCCGAGGACGACGCCGCCUCGGUCGAGAGCGACGCCGAGUGGCUCGAGGGCCGCGAGGACGAGGUCGAGUCAGAGCCGGAAAAGGCCGAGCGGCAAGACAAGAAGCCCGAGGUUCCCGAGUCGCAACAGAUUCUAGAGGCGCAGGAAGAGCUGGCCAAGCUGGCAACGGCCGUCAACGAAAACCCGGAUGAGCACGUCGGCGCGCUCAAGGCCAUUGCCAAGAUUGGCCAGUCCAAGAUCCCUACGAUUCAGAUGCUGACGCUCAUGACGCAACUGGCCGUCUACAAAGACGUCAUCCCCGGAUACCGGAUCCGCCCGCUGCCCGAGGACGCGUCCAAGGAAAAAAUCUCCAAGGAGGUGCGCCAGAUGCGGCAGUUUGAGCAGGCGCUCGUGCACGGCUACUCGAGUUACGUCAAGGAGUUGGCGCGAUGCGCCAAGUUUGAGACGAGGCCGCUGCAAAACGGACAGAGCCUGGCGAGCAUCGCCAUCACCUGCGCGUGCACCCUGGUCACGGCGGUGCCUCACUUCAACUUCCGCUCCGAUCUCCUCAAGAUCCUCGUGGGAAGGCUGAGCCGCAGAAAAGCCGACGCCGACGCCGUCAAGUGUCUGCAGGCGCUGGAGAAGCUGUUCCAGGAGGACGAGGAGGGGCGCCCCUCGCUUGAGGCGGCCUCGCUGCUGGCCAAGAUGAUGAAGGCGCGCGACUACCAGGUGGACGAGAAGGCGCUCAACCUCUUCCUCAGCCUCCGCCUGCUGUCCGAGUUCUCGGGCAAGGCGUCCCAGGACAGGGUCGAGCACCAGGACCAGGGCGCCGCGCCCCGGGCGAAGAAGGGCAAGCGGGAGUUCCGCACCAAGCGGGAACGCAAGAACCUCAAGGAGCAAAAGGCGCUGGAGAAGGACAUGGCGCAGGCCGACGCGCUCGUCGGCCACGAGGAGCGCGAGCGCAUGCAGUCGGAGACGCUCAAGCUCGUCUUUGCCACUUACUUUCGCAUCCUCAAGCUCCGGUCCCCGCACCUGAUGGGCGCCGUGCUCGAGGGGCUGGCGAGAUAUGCGCACCUCAUCAACCAGGACUUUUUCGGGGACCUGCUCGAGGCCCUCAAGGACCUGAUUCGUCACAGCGACGAAGACGCCGACGAAGAGUCGGGUGGCGUCGAAGUGCAAGAGGAGGAUGAGGCUGAUGACGACGACGACGACGACGACGCGUCCGGGCGAAACUUGACUCGUGAAGCGCUCCUCUGCACCGUGACGGCCUUUGCCCUCCUCGCCGGCCAGGACGCACACAACUCGCGCCGCGAGCUGCACCUCGACCUCUCCUUUUUCACCACACACCUCUUCAAGUCCCUCCUCUCGCUCUCCACCGACACCAGCCUCGAAAACACGCGCCCCACGUCGUCCACCCCGUCAGCCACCUUCUCGUCCAGGGUCAACUUCCAGACUACGACGGUCCUUCUGCUCCGCUCCCUCACCGGCAUCCUGCUCCCCCCCUGGAACAUCCGCCAGGUGCCCCCGCUCCGCCUCGCCGCCUUCACCAAGCAGCUCAUGACAGCCGCCCUGCACCUCCCGGACAAGUCGGCCCAGGCCGUGCUGGCCCUCGCCGCCGACGUGGCCGCCACGCACGCCGCAAAGGUCGCCAGCCUGUGGCACACCGAGGAGCGCAAGGGCGACGGCACCUUCAACGCCCUCAGCGACACCGUCGAGGGCAGCAACCCCUUUGCCUCGACCGUCUGGGAGGGCGAGCUGCUCAGGAGGCACUUUUCGCCAAGGGUGAGGGAGGGCGUCCAGCUGUUGGAAAAGGGCAUCUCGUCGAGGUGA